AUGCAAGCGGGGGUUUGCGAUUUUAUGGGUCUAAAGAAACUCAAACAAAAAUAUGACCUCGUUAAACGCGCUCUUCAGGAAAGCGGCAAACAGCCGGCACUGCUCGCUAAAGUGGAAGAGAAGGAGAAAAUCGUUUCUGCACGACUUGUUGCGGUCUCCUGUCUUGUAGACAAACGGGCGUUGAAGACCAUUGCAAAGUAUCUAAGGCUGACAAUCGAGGACAUCGGCAAGCCAAAUGCAGACAAAGCAGAGCUUGAAAAAAAUGUGAAGAGAGUGCUGGCGUAUGAAGCGG